CAGUGUCGUUCCUGUAAUACCCAUGGACCAUUCGAUCGAUACUCUCUGGAUGACUCGAUACACUUCGGAUUGGGGUCGAGGUUCUUUUAAUUUGGAAAUUGCAAAGGCGUAACAUACAUUCCAAGAGUUGACACCAAAUCCCAAUAAGGAAUGUCAAUCCCACUUAACGUAUACUGAGCUUAUUAUAUUUUUCGUGGCGACUUACGCAAGAAUCCGCCCUCACUCUAUUAUAUAUUUCUCAAGGAUAUACAAUUUUACUGCAUGUAUGCCAAGAGACAGUGGAACUAUACGAAAUAGUUAGCAUAUCUCCUCUGGGAUUGUUUCAUCAUUCCCGCUAGAAGGUCUACGAUGCGUGUAGUAUACACCAAUAUCAAUAGAACAAAGGCAAAGCUAACAAAGUGAGGACCGGAAGACUUGAAUGUGAAACAUUACAAAUGAAAAAUCACGCGUCAGCGUCUAUGGAAAAAAAGGAAACUACUUCGUGCAGCAGGAAGCGUGCCUCUCAUUAAUUUGAUUUCAAUGUUAAAUUGAAUCACGGGCCUUCAUUUCGCUAACACGUGUAAAGUCGGACAUCAGUUUUCCACACCUGUGGCUGAAUGUACUACGUCGGUACGUGCGAAUGAGUUGAGACCCAGUCUUUGAGAUCUACAGGUAGAAACAGCUUUCACUACGUGAUAUGGCUACAGGGAGAAAUCGGUCGUGUGUACGUUUUCCCAGUCGAGCGAUAAUCAGUCAGAAAAAUAAAUACAUGUCCCAUGAUGCAUUUAAUCAAUGGAUUUUGUAUAUCAAAAUAAUCACGUAGUUAGGAACAAUAACAAUGGAGUUUGACAGCUGAUCAAUAUAAAAGAUGAUUCAUUAUCAGCUGAUAUUAAUCUGGAUUUUCAUUCAAUAGGUGAAACAAUGCUUUUAUUUUUCUCAAAUAUUGUUCAUUGUUUGAAAUAAUCGGCUUAUAUAUAAUAUAUAUAGAUAUAUAUUUUAUGUGCUCUGAUUAUAGUAAAUGUAUAGUGAGAAACUGACACCGUUAGUCGGAGCGCUCUACUUGACAGCAACUCGAAGAUUUCCUCUACUGCCUUUCUAAAAGUCGAAUGCCAUGGCGAUGCUCUUUGCAAUUCGUGGGAAGAACAGACGCCCGUUGCUCCAGAGAGUGUAGUAGAGAGUCUGGAGAAGGAGAGUCACUAAGAGAUUGGCAAUAAAUAUGUAAAAGGAGAAGGAGAGAGGGAGAGUGAGAGGAAUGGAGAAUUCGCAGUUACUCGAACUACGCAUUUGAAAGUCAGGGCCGGUGGCUCACCCGACAAGAAUCGAAUUCCAUGAGCGACCUGAUGGAACUUCGUAUCCACUAUGUUUCUCUCUUUCCCUCUUUCCCUAUCAGUCAAACUCGCUAUCUCGCACUGCACGAUAUACUACGGGAAAUCACGAAACCGGUGGGACGAGUUCCCAUGCCAGGAACGUCACAUCCCGUACUCCAGGCUAUUAAACCGGAGUCCUACGUCCGUGGGACCAUAUGGAGAGGAGCUUCAUGCACGACGUACUUAUUUUGCAAUAAUGUGAGGUCAGAGUUCAUACAAUGUGUUACCCUUACUCUGACAGUCGUGUUCAUCGAUCUCAGCCCCUAAGUUGACCUUUGCUAGGGGCAACGAUUCCGAGACAAAAAUAAACCUCUGCGUCACCAACCCCCCUGGACUUCCACCGUAACUGCUAUGGAAAGAAUUUUUACUCUUCUUGCUGAAACUGUACCGUGUGCAUCGAGAAUAAGAAAGGGUUAACUGUGGAAUUCAUCGUGCCUUACGCAGUCACGUCACGGACCAGAACGUGACGAGUCAUUAAAGCACUCUUCUCUAAUUCUACAAUAAUCUCCCUGCUGUCCAGCCACAAUAUACGUGCAUAGAAAUGCACCGUGAAGAGGCACGAUAAAAGCUAAGUAGAGGACUGAAUAGGUGGAUUCCUUGCGUAUGCCCGUACUUAUACUCAAAGGAGAUUGUACUUUCGUCCCUUCGACAGUGAGAUUCUAGCACGAUUGAACAUUCAAGAGAUGCCGAUCAGAAAGAGAGAACAGAGAAAGAGAGAGAGUACCCGAUAGAACCCCACGUAAUACUAUCUCCGUGUAUUCAGGAUACACACGCAUGUCUUCAUUCCUUUAUGUCAGAAAGACGGAGUGGGAGAGAGAGAGAGGUCUCAGGCUCAAGAAAGAGCGAGAGAGAGGGGAGGGCAAGAGAUAGUGGGAGAACUGUAUACACGAACCAUCGUGAAUCUCCAGUCGAAAGGACCCGAUCAGUACACUCGUCGGUGCCUCGAGCGAUUCUUCAAAUUGUUGUUUGCAGUUGUGUAAUGUGUACAAAGACUUUAAUAUAUCUUUAUCAGAACUUUUAAUUAAUUUUAAAAUUCGACAAGUUUAUAAAACCUAAUCAAAGGACAAUUUUGAAGACCUCGUGAAUACUCGACUGCGUCAAACACAUCAGAUUUGCAAAUGGACGGAUAAGCCAACGUCGGGCAAGGAUGAAGGCAGCUGAGCAACAGCAGCAGGAACACAACUCGAUGGAUUCGAGUGAGUCUGUUGCCGUCGGUGGCGAAUACGCCUAUCGACCUCUUACUACUAAGCACAGACGGGCUGGGAGCACGGGAACCACCGGAGACGAGGAGUACACCACCGACGAGGAUGAGCUUUAUGCCGACGAGACGGAUUGUGCUGGUACCAAUUUACAUCCGCAUCCUAUACUCAAGUCGGACCUAGCUAGAGCAGCUACUGAUCUGUUUGGUUACGCUAAUAAGAGGGACGAUCAAGAUGAGGAACCUACCAGUCUCUUUGACGAGGAGGAUAGCAGUAAGGCUCAUCAAGCUAGAGAUGCCGAUGCGGAUAAGGCACCAUCCCCUUUCACGUACAACGAGGAACACAAUUAUGCUAUAUUAUCGAAACAGCAACAACGAAAUUCGCCUACUCGCGAGGGUUCUAAAAAUUUAUGUAAUUCCGUGGAAUCGAAAAACGAUGUGAAAUCUCAUGAGGAGGAAUCUGUCGAUCAGGUCAAUAGACCUGGAGACUUUAGAAUAGGAAUUGAGUCUAGUACUGAUGUGUCGGUAUCUUCGGUAACUGUUGUGGACGUGCCAAUUCCUGAGGGUGCAAGAGAGAGUCAGGAAUCUCAUAGAAAGUCCUCGCUUCCCAGUGAGACAAGACAGCAAAUCGAGUCUGAGGUUGAAUCUCAAGCGAGGCAGGAAUUGUGUAUGUCGAGAACAAUGUUCCUGGAGAACGACGGUCCGCCGUCCCCAACGACUGUACAGUGGGAAAGAGCUGUAGCGGAAGUGAAGGGACAUGCAGUGGCUAAACUGCAGGACGAGCUCAAGAGAGCUCACGAGGAAUUGAAACUCAAGGACGAAGAAGUGGCCAGACUCUCAAGAAUACGGCAAGACGUUGAGGCGGAACUCGAGGAGCUCACCGCGAGUCUCUUUCAGGAGGCUCACAAUAUGGUGAGAGAGGCGAACGUGCGACAGGCUACUGCCGAGAAGCUUCUUGCUGAAAGUCGUAUGAAGAAUGAAGUUCUCGCGGCUGAAGUGGCUGCUUUGAAAACUCUGGUGCUUACCUCGACGCCCGCCAGGCCAAAUCCACAUUUGCAUCCGCAAAUUGAUACCAGAGGAAGAUCCGGAGAUGACGGGCAACAACAGGGACUCUUUGCAAAGAAACAUCGAAGAUCGCCUUCGCAUUUCAAUCUCAAGUAUGGACGAGAAAACUCACCUCCGGACUCGCCGGUCAAGGAACAACGAGCUUCACUGCCUAGCGACAGGGAUAUAUUUGAACGUGACAGGGAAAGGGACAACACCAAGGAAAGGGAUCGCGAUAGGGAACGGGAGAGAGACAAGGAAAGGGAUCGCGAGAACAGAGACUACGGACUUGAGGUUGAUCCUCGCGUGCACACGGAAUUUCUAAGGUGGAAGUUAAAUCCUUCUGUCGAUAAGAGCGAUCCUUUUGUGGCUAGGAUGUUCCGGGAGGAUAUAGAUCUCUGUUUAGACUUUGCCAAUAGAGAACUUGGUGCUAAGGUUAGGCAGGCCGUCUUGGAUGGGAUCAUCUUCAUCGAAGCUAUCAGUGAUAAAAGCAAACUCGCUUUUCCCAAGAAGUGCGCACUUCUGGAAGCACCCCGACAAUGUCACUACCGAAUGAGAUUAGGAGACCAGGAGAACCAGUGGCACUGUAUCUCACAAAUCUGCCGCAAUCGAGUGAGUUCUCUACGUUCCAUUUAGUAUGGGAUCUUCAAG